AUGGUGCAAGCGGCACUCAGUCUCGAGAUGCAGUACUGCAGUGAACGCGGAGAUGGUGCAAGCGGCACUCAGUCUCGAGAUACAGUACUGCAAAAAGUGAACGCGGCAGUCAAAAAAGGAAAAUUACUCGGACUAAAAGGUGUUGGAACAACCAGCCCGAUCCAGGAAAUGCAGACCACAACUGAACGGAGACCACAAAAUCAGCCCAUCACAGACACCAAAGAAAGGCAAGGAGACAAGGCAAGUGAUGAAUACAAACGUAUUCAAUAG